AUGGGCGGCCCGCGGGCUUGGGCGCUGCUCUGCUUCGGCCUCCUGCUCCUGGGGGGCAGCGCCGCGUGGAGCGUCGGGGGACCCCCGUUCUCGGGACGCAGGAACUGGUGCUCAUAUGUGGUGACCCGCACCGUCUCAUGCCAUGUACAGAAUGGUACCUACCUUCAGCGAGUGCUGCAGAACUGUCCCUGGCCCAUGAGCUGCCCGGGGAGCAGCUACCGAACGGUGGUGAGACCCACUUACAAGGUGAUAUACAAGACAGUGACCACCCGAGAGUGGAGAUGCUGCCCCGGGCACUCGGGGCCGAGCUGCGAGGAAGCCGCAGGCUCCUCUGGCCACGUGGAACCCGGGUGGUCUGGCCACAGCAUGCGGCGAAUGGCGCUUCGGCCCCCAGUCUUCUCAGGUUGUCUCAACUGCAGCAAAGUGUUGGAGCUGACAGAGCGGCUGAAGGUGCUGGAGGCCAAGGUGGCUUUGUUGACUGUCACAGAGCAGGCAGUGCCCCCAGUCCCAACUACCUUCAAAGACCCCGCCUCGCUCUGGGGCUCGCCAGCUGCCCAGGGCAGCCCCGGGGACGGAGGCUUCCUAGGGCCACCAGGAGCCAGAGAGAGUAUGAGGCUCUCAUUGCUCCCUCGAGAUGACCGAGUGGGGACCCGGGGGCUGCCUGGACCCACUGGCCCUAAGGGAGACACCGGCAGCCAGGGCCCGAUGGGAAUAAGAGGCCCUCCAGGUCCGCAUGGACCCCCAGGGAGUCCUGGACAAGAAGGAGCUAUGGGCAGCCCUGGAGAGAGGGGCCCUCCAGGCCCCCCAGGACCUCCUGGUCCCCCUGGUCCUCCAGCCCCAGUUGGGCCACCCCACGCCCGGACUGUUGAGCCAGGGGACCCAUUACUAUCCAACACCUUCACUGAGACAAGCAGUCACUGGCCCCAGGGACCUGUUGGGCCUCCAGGACCCCCAGGACCCGUAGGUCCUCCUGGGCCUCCUGGUCCCAUGGGUCUCCCUGGGAGUCCUGGACACAUGGUGAGAAACCCCCCCCCCGGCCCUACUGGCCCCAAAGGAACCUCCGACCACCUAGGAGAGAAGGGAGAGCAAGGACUUCGAGGGGAGCCUGGUCCCCAAGGGUCUGCUGGGCAACGGGGAGAACCUGGCCCCAAAGGAGACCCUGGUGAGACAAGCCACCGGGCUCCUAGCUUACAGAGCUUCCUGCAGCAGCAGGCUCAGCUGGAGCUCCUGGCCAGACGGGUCACCCUCCUGGAAGCCAUCAUCUGGCCAGAACCAGAGCUGGGAUCUGGGGCAGGCCCUGCCGGCACGGGCAUCCCCAGUCUGCUUCGGGGCAAGAGGGCAGGACACACGGCCAACUACCGGAUUGUGACCCCCAAGAGCCGAAACGAGAGUGGUUGA